AUGGUGCCUAGCAACGCCGGGAGUGGGCCCCGGGAGAUCCUCCCGGAAGGGGAAUUCAUGGCAAACUCCGGAGAGGAUGGUCUGGAGCUUGACCCGUCUCCAUCACAGCACAUCCCAAAGCCAUGGGUGUUUCCAGUUCCAAAGGAGAACAUAGAGCGCAUCUUUGGGAGCAGCCAGGUGUUCCAGAACUUUGAUGAUGUGAAACCAAAGAUCACGGGAUUAACAGUGCCCCUCAAAGUCAGGGAGUACUACCACCAAGGCCAGCAGUGCUUGGAGCAAGAGGACUGGGAGAUGGCCGUGCUGUUCUUUUCCCGUGCCCUCCACCUGGACUCCCAGCUGGUAGACUUCUAUGCUUUACGAGCUGAGGCCUACAUCCAGCUCUGUGACUUCUCCUCGGCCGCCCAGAAUCUACGAAGGGCUUCCUCCUUCCAGCCUGAGAACACCAAGUACUUGGAGCGCCUUACCCUGGUCCUUUACCUGCAGGGCCAGUGCCUAUUCGAGCAAUGUGCCUUCCCGGACGCUCUGAAAGUCUUCUCGCAGGCCUCCAUGCUCCAGCCCGAGAAAGCCAGCUUCCGCUACCGAUGCAUGGCCUGUCUCCUGGCUCUCGAACGGUAUCAGGACUGCCUCUCCCUUGUCACCAAGGAGGUGAUGCUUGGCAUGACCAAUGCUGAUGUCUUCAUCCUCCGGGCCAGGCUCUACAACUUCUUACAGAAGCCCAGCCUCUGCUAUCGAGACCUGCACAGUGCCUUGCUGUUGGACCCCAAGCAUUCGCAGGCCAAGGUGUUGCUCCAGAUGAUGGUGGACCAAGCCCAGCAGGCACGUCAGGAUGCUGGGAUCCUAGCUGUGCAGGGCAAGCUACAGCAUGCUCUGCAGCGCAUCAACUGUGCCAUCGAGAACAACCCUCUGGACCCUCGCCUUUUCCUCUUCCGGGGCACCAUCUACCGCAGGCUCCAGGAGUUUGAUAGCGCUGUGGAGGACUUCCUAAAGGCAUUGGACAUGAUGAGUGCAAGCCAGGAGGGAGAGGUGCAGCAGGCUCAGCGGCAGCUGCUGCUGGCCUACAAUGACUUUGCAGUGCACUGCUACCUGCAGGGUGCCUACCAGGAGGGUGUGCUGCUGCUCAACAAAGCCCUCAAGGAUGAGCAGCAGGAGAAGGGCCUCUACAUCAAUCGUGGUGAUUGCUUCUUCCAGCUGGGCAACCUGACCUUUGCAGAGGCAGACUACCAGCAGGCGCUGGCGCUGAGCCCGCAGGACGAGGGGGCCAACCUACGCAUGGGCCUACUGCAGGAGAAGAUGGGUUUCUGCGAGCAGAGGAGCAGGCAGUUCCAUAAGGCAGAGAGCCACUUCUCAAUGGCUAUCCAGCACAACCCCAAGAGAGCCCAGUACUACCUGCACCGCGCCAGGAGCCGGCAGCUCCUGCAGAACAUUUUGGGGGCCCGCCUGGAUGUUGCCACCGUCCUGCUUCUCAACCCCAAGCAACCCAAGCUGCUCCCACUGAUGACCAACCUCUUCCCGGGCAUGUCGGUGGAAGAAGUGCUCUGCAGCCAGGUGGCCCACCUGGCCAGGCUGCAGUUGGAUCGGGUGUUGGAAAGCAGCCUGCAGGCUGGCAUCCCUCAAGGCAUCAUGGGGCAACUCAGGGAGCGGGAACGAGUGCGCCAGAAGGCUCGGGCACUGCAGUUCUGGUGGAAACCUGCCUUUGGGACCUCUGAAGAGCUCCAGGCCACUCCCCAGACCCAGAAAGGAAAGCCAGAAGGUCCAAACCAAGAAGCUGAGGCCCCCCAAGAGGAGGAAGAGGUGAGUGGGCCACACACUGGGAUUUGGGGUAGAGUAUACCCCAAGCCAGGGCUGAGGGAUGCAGACUGGCCAGAGGCUGGCAUCCAGGCCUGGUUCUGCCACCACUCAGCCGAGGAGAAGCCGGAGCCCACACCCAGCAGGGUGAGGUCCCUGUCUGACAGCUACCUUGACCAGACCUCUUCAGGCUCCAGCUUGGGCUUCAGGACCAUGUCCACCUCAGACACAGAGAUGUCCGCUAUCUGCCAGGAAUACAAGAUGACCUCAGCCACUGCUGUGACAUCCUCUGAUUCCUCACUGCUGAAGACUCAGUCCUCAGACCUGUUGGAGAACAGGGACGACCCAAGCUUGAGCCACAGCUCCAGAAAAACCAAGGCCACCCAGGUCCAGAACUGGAGGGCCCACAAGAUUGAAACUGCCCAGGGCCAGAACUGGAGGCCCAGCAAGACCGAAGCUGCCCAGGGCCAGAGCCGGAGGCCCAGCAAGACUGAAGCUGCCCAGGGCCAGAGCCGGAGGCCCAGCAAGACUGAAGUUGCCCAGGGCCAGAGCCGAAGGCCCAGCAAGACUGAAGCUGCCCAGGGCCAGAGCCGGAGGCCCAGCAAGAUUGAAGCGGCCCAGGGCCAGAGCCGGAGGCCCAGCACGACUGAAGCUGCCCAGGGCCAGAGCCAGAGGCCCAGCAAGACCCAAGUGGCCCAGGGCCAGAGCAGGAGGCCCAGCAAGAUCGAAGUAGCCCAGGGCCAGAGCCAGAGGCCUGGCAAGACCGAAGCUAUCCAGGGCCACAGCCAAAGGCCCAGCAAAACUGAAGCCACCCAGGGCCAGAGCCGAAAUCCCAGCCAGACUGAAACCACCCAAGGCCCAAGACAAAAGCCUAACAAGACCAAUGCUACUCAAGGCUCAAGGCAGAGGUUCAGAAAGAUCAAGGCUUCCCAUGGCCAGAGCUGGCGACCCAGUAAGGCUGCCACCCACGGCGGGAGCAGGGGAUUGAUCCGAAGUUCCAGCAAGACCAAAGAUUUCUAUGAUCCAAGUUGGAGCCCCAGCAAUACAGAGAACACUCAGGACCAAUCCCAGGGGCCUAGCAAGACCAAGGCUGCCCAGAGCUGGAGCCAAAACACAAGUCUGGGUUCGAGCAAGACUGAGGUCACCUGGGGACUGAGUUCCAAACUCAGAAAACCCCAGACCACAUAGGGCCUGAGCCAGAACCCCAGAAAAAUCAAGGCUGUCCCAGCAGUUACACUGGUCCCCGAAGAGUCCACUCAGCUGGGCGUGGGAGAGAUUCUAAGCC